GAUAUCGCCCAGACUUUAGUGAAUUCGGUUAAAAGCUGACAGGCCUAAAUGCAAUUAUAUUUAAAAUAAAGCAUUAAAUUUAAGCCCCUUCCGUGUCUGUUAAUAUAUAUCAAUAAAAUCUUAUUCAAGUUUGAUUAGAAAAUCCAAGCGGAAAAAAUACCCGGAUGUGUCAACAGUUUUGAAACUUUUCAACCUUCGAAUAUAUUUGACCUCGAUAAAAAGCCGUUUUACCCAAUAUUUCUUUGCUUUAAAUGCUUUCAUUAAAAACUAAUCGUUUAUUUGAUUCGUUUGGUAUGUCUGGUGGAGCUACAGCACAAACCAGCACAACCAGUCCUCGGUUUGGACGCCUCGAUCCCUCCCUUACAAAAGACAUGGAGGAAGACAGUUUGUCCUCGCGUUAUGUCUACCCAAGAACUACACCCUUCAUCAAUUCUGAUUACCGGAAACAUGACGAUUCACCUUUGUCUUCAUUCCCGGAGCAUAACAGACGAGGUACUGGACCGGCCGUUAUGACAGCCCUGAAAAAUCUCCAAGAGAAGAUCCGCCGUCUAGAAGUGGAUCGCUCUGCCGCAGAGGGGAAUCUCCGCUCCCUCACAACUGAAACAUCUAAAUUCCGAGAUAUGUGGAGCCAGGAGUUAAACAAGAAAGAGACAAAGCAGUCCGAGAUCUCCAAGGAAACGCAAGAGUUAGAAUCUCAGCUGAAUUCGUAUGAAAGUCGUUGCAGCCUUCUCGAGAAGCAAUUGGAGUACAUGAGGAAACUGGUGACCAAUGCGGAGAAAGAUAAACAGGAGAUCAUGCAACGCCAGUACACCAAGAACCGUGAACAUUCCGCUGCAACCGAGACAGAGAUUAAAGAUCACAUGGAUAAGAUAUCAGAACUUGAGCGGGAACAACUCAAGUUGACAGCGACGCAAACAGUUGCUCAGAAUAAGAUCCGUGAACUAGAAGAUAAACUCAGGAAGGAGAAACAACAUCGGAAAGUAAUGCAAGAAAAAACCGCCGAGAUAGAAACAGCUGCUGCUGCUAAUCGGAUCUUACUCUCAUCUGACGGUGGGAGGAAACCUACGACCAAAAAGAAGAAAACAGCUGAACGAGCCAAAUCUGCACGAUCAACUCGAGGACCUCAUGAUCAUUAUCAUCUGAACUUAGCGGAAAUACCAUUUCUGCAAUCCAAGUCAACGAGUCCGAGCCAUCACGUCGGAGCGAAUGUUCAAAAGGUGCUGCAGAUGCUCAAGUCUCACAACACACAGAUGUGUGGUGGCCCUCCCCAACCCACGAGGAAAACGGUGAAAACGUGCCGUUCGUCUAUCUCAUCUCAGGAUAGUGAAGAAAGUGAUCUGACUGACUUACUAUUACAACUGCAUGAUGAGUUUGCAUCCAUGAGCUUUGAACACCAAGAAUUGACGAAACAAAUCCAUGAAGCUGGUGAGGAUAACCUUCGAGACGAUCUUGAGCGAGAACUGGAGGCGCUAGUGGGUCGUAUGGAGGCCAAGGGUGAGCAGAUCGGCAGGUUGAAACGCCAUCAGCAAGGGUUACAAGACAAAAAGAAAAAGCGUAAGCCCAAGGCAAAGAAAGUGCGAGCGAAGACGGCAGUCCGACAUUAUUGUCCUAAUAAUGAAAAUGGUGGAGAGGUUCAAGUGACAACAACGAUAAAAACAAAGGGUCAGAGUGUCCAGCAGCUGAGGAUGUCCUCUCGCGAUUCCAACUUGAAGAUGCUCAAGGACAUGAAAAAGUUACAGACAACAUUACGCAUGGAUGACUUGUCAUGGGAUUGUUGAAACAGAGAGACUUGUGAUCUGGUGAAAACUGCCAUGAAGAUUUCCAGAAUAUCUUCUUGUACUGUAAAUCAAGAAUUCAAUCUUCAUUGAACAAAAAAAUUCUUCUUUAAUUGGUUGCCUUCUUCUACCAGUCAUUGGCUGGUUCUACUCAUCAACAUUCAAUAGGCAGAGGAAAACCCAUCACCAGUCAUUGGCUGGUUCUACUCAUCAACAUUCAAUAGGCAGAGGAAAACCCAUCACCAGUCAUUGGCUGGUUCUACUCAUCAACAUUCAAUAGGCAGAGGAAAACCCAUCACCAGUCAUUGGCUGGUUCUACUCAUCAACAUUCAAUAGGCAGAGGAAAACCCAUCACCUUUGAACAUUUACUAUUGACAACUCUGUAGUGUAAUAACUGAAAGGAGUGGAUUUUCAUUCUGGAAAAGUAUUUUCGUUGCUCGUGCCAGUGACAUUUGUGAUGAGCACUAUUUCAGUGGCAAUUUUACCAUCUGAGCUCAGUAAAUAUCAUUACUUUGACUUGUCGAUUUUGGUUGUGCUGGCAGGAAUUGACACCCAAUCUUGCCUUUGCCUACAUGAACGGGUUGGCUGCUGUUCCAAUGAACUUGAUAUGUGAUUCAGCCAUAAUGGAUGAUAAUAUUGUUGCUUUGAGGUGCUUCCACAAGAUAAGCAAGUUGUAUGUGACCUUUACAAACUGAGCCUUGCUGGAAGAUCUCUACUAAGGAUUUGGUGUCUGCGAUAUUCUUGAGAGAAUGGUUUGAUAGUGUGCUUUGUAAGAAUUUAGUUGAUGAUAGUUGUACUUUACACUUACAGCUCAGUAGUUUAUUUAUUUUUCUCUCUAUUAUAUCAUAAGAUUUGGUAAUUAGAUGUCAAGAUGGAAUUUUUUCAAAAUUCAUUUAACGAGACAGACUUUGUCAGAGGUGCAGAUUCAUGCUAUGAUGUGUGAAGCAAAUGUUAGUAAUGAUUCAAAUGGGAUAAAAGUUUCCAGGUAUUCUUGGAAAUAAAUCGGAGUAUAAAACUUAUUUCACUGUUUUUUGUUUGAUAGGAUCCACGAUAUUGAGUGUAAAGGUAUGGUUUUAGGCAGCAGUACAUCAUUUAACAGACAUCUGGUUUAGAUAACUAAGAUCACGAGGUGGGGUUGCUACAUUUACAUGACAGUGGAUUUUCGUUAUUGUUAAAACUUCUCGGCCAAAGUUGAAUUUGAAGAGGUGAGUCUGCUGCAGUAAAGAACAGAGUGUUGUCCCGGACAGUAGCUGAGGGAAGAUCACGCUAGUUAUGGUACAUACAGACAUGUGUGUUUAGUAUCUGUAGUCUUCCAGAACUAAUUAAAUAUUUAUAGUUUUAUAUCAA